GAUGCCCGCUUGUUUUUUUUUUUCUUUUCAAAUCCCUUCCGCCAUCCUAUCAACGCUUCCGUAUUUUCUACCUACCUCACUCUGCAUAUCCUCUCCGCCCCCAUACCGCAUUCUCCUGCUCCCACUCCUCCUCCCAUCCCCAUCUCCAUUCCCACGCCAUGCACAAUGUAGUCAAAGCACAUUCGAUAGUAGCUCUUCUUUGCCAAUAAAACCACUGCCUGGCGGCCUAUCACCUCCUUUAUUCGUUCUCUCGUAUCCUUAAUCGACGAUACCAGCUGCUGCUCCUCACGUCGCCUCUUCCUAAUCCAUACCGCUCACCAAUGGAUGGCAGGAAUCUUCAAACCUCACUGUUCUAAGCUGGCUAGGAGCAAAUCGGUUGGCCUCCCCUAUUGUGUCUCUCACAUCUAUAUAUGUGAUCACAAUCGAUCCAUAUUCCCCUCAUCUUCUAGGCCCCCUCUCGCUACCCCCCAGCGGUAGAGGCAUAGAGAAUGUCAUCAUCACGACCCUCUUCGAAUCCAGCUGGCUCGCGGCCUCCACCUCACGAUCAUACCCCGUCAACCCCGAGCGGUCUUCGUCAGAGCCGUACCCUCUCUUCGUCGACGAUGGGCGAGGACGCACCGGGAGUCGCCGCAGGACCUAGCACGCCGCAGGCCCCUUCCCCCGACGAAAUCCACGAGCACACGUCCCUGCUGCAUCACGAACGUGCCCACGACGGUCCCUGCGACCACGGCACGUUUUCCCCUCGUGUCAUGAGCCCAGCGCCGAGGGGGAUCAGUUUCGACGCCGAGUCGACGUCGAUGGCGGAUUCGGACACCUCUCUGCUGUCUAGCGAGACGCAGGCCAAAGCGAGUUGGAGGAAGACUUUCUCGAAGAAAGUGCGCAGCAGGAAGAUGACCGAGUCGGGCACUAUAGCGCGGCAGCACGGCGUGAAGGACUCGUGGAGCAUGUACCUGUCGUACUACGUGCCGUCUCUCAUAUGGAUCAAGCAGUACCGGUGGUCGUGGUUGAGGGGCGAUCUCACCGCUGCCCUCACCAUCGCGUCCAUGUACCUUCCCAUGGCGCUCUCCUUGGCUGAUAAUCUCGCUCACGUUCCCCCGAUCAACGGAUUGUACGCUUUCGCCAUCCAACCUCUCAUAUACGCGCUGCUGGGAAGCUGCCCGCUCAUGAUCGUCGGCCCCGAGGCGGCUGGCUCCCUACUGAUCGGGUCUAUCGUCAAGAGUCGCGUCGACCUCGUGCAUGAGAAAGACGAUGCCAUGUUGGAAGCUGAGGUGGCCGGUAUUGCUGUCGGCAUCUCUAGCGUUACUGUUUUGCUUAUGGGGAUAUUCCGCUUGGGCUUCCUCGACAGCGUAUUGAGCCGUCCCUUCCUCCGCGGUUUCAUCUCUGCCAUCGGCGUCGUCAUCUUCAUCGACCAGCUGACGCCGGUCCUGGGACUGGUUCAAGCAUCCAAAGGCGUACCGGGUCUCUCGCACGGUAGCACGGUGCAGAAGCUCCAGUUUGCGUUGACGCAUCUGGGCGAGAGACACCAUCUUACCGCCCUGGUCGGCGUCGUAUCCUUCGUUGUCAUUAUGGUGCUGCGAGAAAUCAAGCGCCGCCUCCAGCCGCGGUAUUCGUGGGUUGCCCACUUCCCCGAUCGGGUUCUCGUCGUUGUGGGAUCUGCGCUCCUGGCCUGGCACCUGGACUGGGAACAUCACGGUGUGCAUGUCUUGGGUAAGAUCGAAGCCGCGUCCGGCCACAUCUUCACAAUCCGCAACCCGUUCAAGCUAUCCAAUAUGCCGCAGAUCCGGGAGGCCAUGGACACGUCGUUCUUAAUCGCUAUGCUCGGAUUCUUCGAAUCUUCUGUCGCCGCUAAAAGCUUGGGUGGUGAGGAGAGCAUCGAAGGGAUGCAGCUAAGUCCGAACCGCGAGCUCGUAGCACUCGGGGCGUCUAAUCUGGUGGGCUCUUUCUUUAUGGCGAUUCCGUCGUUUGGUGGGUAUGGCCGAAGCAAGGUUAGCAGGAGUGCAGGCGGCAAGAGUCCUAUGACUUCGCUGUUGCUGAGUCUCAUCACUGUGAUCUGCAUUUUAUACCUCUUGCCGUGGUUCUAUUACCUUCCCAAACCCGUCCUGUCGGCUCUGAUCAUGGCGGUGGCCUGGUCCCUCAUCGAAGAAGCGCCUCACGACAUUCGAUUCUUCCUACGAAUCCAGGGCUGGACGGAGCUUUAUCUCAUGGCUGUCAUUCUGGCUGUCACUAUCUUCUUUUCCCUGAACCUGGGUAUCGCAAUCGGCAUCGGCUUGUCGCUCCUGCAAGUUGUCCGCCAUUCGACCCGCCCUCGCAUACAGAUCCUGGGGCGCAUCCCCAAUAGCGAUCACUUUGCCAAUGCCGAAGAGCACCCCGAAAACCUUGAGUUCGUAGAAGGUUGCCUCAUAGUGAAGAUACCCGAGCCGCUUACGUUUGCCAACACGGGAGAGUUGAAGAAUCGUCUGCGGAGGCUCGAGUUGUAUGGUACGGGUAAAGCCCAUCCGGCGCUACCGCGUCUGCGUCCCCAAACGAGCAACAGAAACGUCAUUUUUGAUAUCCACGGGGUGACAUCGAUGGAUGGCUCCGGCACGCAGGUGCUCGAGGAGAUCGUGCGCAACUAUCGCGAUCGUGGCGUCAGGGUCUUCUUUAGCCGACCCGUCAGUCGCGAGAAUAAGGUGUGGGAACUCAUGGAGCGGAGCGGAAUUGUAGAGCUUGUCGGGGGCAGCCACCGAUUCGUCGACGACGUGAAGGACGCCCUACGCAUGACGGAAGUGGAAGAAUACGAGGAGUUGGGGGCGUGCGCCGCAGCCAGUGACAAUCUCUCUUAGGUGGAGAGGGGCCUGGACGUUGCGAAAACGAUGACCUCAGAUGACACAGCUCCGAAGUUCGAAUACCCGCUGAUGCCGGUGGAACGCUCUAUGGCGAUUACAGCGUACAGUUCUACACUAUGACGACGGCAACAAUACUAAGCAGGGGAAGGGCCAUCGUCUCUUCCUCCCCAGCAAGCCCUUCGAGACGCAAUUAUCUACUCUUCAGUGGAUCACGCCACAUCUCCCGUCUAUCGACAGGUGCAGAUAGGUCCGAUAUCGAUGCAAUCCCAUCCGGCGUUUUGGCUUGGCUAGGUAUAUUAUAGGAGACGUAGAUCCGAUUCGAUAGAGUGACACGCAUGAUAGCAGAAGGGAAAUAGCAUAGCGGUCCGGGGCAUUCAGGGAUAGCCAUUUUUCACUUUUUAUACAUAAGCGCCAUACAUAGACAGCAUAGCCGCUUUCUCGGGGAACAACAAUUGAUAUACACUUGAUGCCAAGAAG